AUGGCGGCUAUGUCGCCUGAAGCUGUGGAUCCUGUCUUGCUCUUUUGUGACACAUUCAGCCAUCCUGAAAAUGAGGAAAUGCAUCUUGACUUGAUCAGCUUUCCAAGACCCGUCUGUAUCCAGGAAGUAAGGGUCAUACCUGCAGGACACAGAGUCCAUGCUGCUGUUAGUGAGAGAGAGAAAAUGGGAGAGACCCAUCCUCCCUCUUUUAAGCUGGAUCUAUUCAUUCGGAAUCUAGACAGGCCUGCAGAUGUAGUGUUUGAAAGACUUGGACAACUAGAGUAUAAAGAACCCAACAAUUUUCAGCUGGUUACCAAUUCUAAGGGUGCAACUGAUGUGGUGGUUCUGCGUGGGUGGUACAAUAGAAUCACCAUUAGUCUGUAUGGUCUCUUCACUGAUGUCAAUCAACGUCCUCAAGAAACACGCGCAGAACCAAGAGUUGAUAGGCCCCCAGUCAUUGUAGAAACAAGAGGCCUUGAUAGGGAUAUUGAAAGAGUGCUCAGGGAUACAGAGAAAGUACCCUUUGAAAAAGUACCUGAGAGGGCUGAAAGAGAUCAUGAUAGAGGUCCAGAAAGGUCAUUAAGAAGGGAGAGGAGUGCUGAGAGAGGUCCUUCUGACUCAGCUCUCUUUGAGAAGAGUCCAGAUGAAAGAGCCUUUGAGAGAACCACUGAAUCGAAGGAGAAGAGAGAUGAGCAGUGGCAUGCAAAAGAAGAAAGAAAAGCUGGGAAGGAGAGGGAAAGAACUCAGUCAAAGUCACCACCUAGAAUAAAAUCUCCACCAGGAUCCCCCGAGAGUGCAAUGGCAACUGUUGGUGAAAGUACUGCUGCCAAGCCAACUACUCCACCAGGGUCCCCAAGGGAGGAGCAACCAGCUGGUACAGAGUCUGGUAACCAAUCUCCAGAUGACUUGUUCGAGCCACUCACACCUGACAGAUCACCCUCAAACUUGUUUAUGUCUGAUGAAGAGGACAUUGAUGAACCAGAUGGCUAUGAAGAAAUCCUUAGUGAUGAAGAGGAGAUGGAUGAUGGAACAAUAGAUGACGCAGAUGUACAGUUUGGUGAUCUUGAUCUUUAUAGUGAAGAUGCUUGGAUGUCAGUGUCUGUUAGUUUUAAUCCCUACCAAUGUGACCUGUCACCUUUGACCACAUUUAGUCCUCCAGAUGGUACAGAAUAUGAAAGUGCUCUACUGAAAGUUAAAGAUGAUUCCAGUAAGUGGCUUGUUUCAACAUCCACUACUGCCAGCUCCUUAGAUGAGCAGCAACUGAACUUGGGACAGACAUUGUUUGAACAUGUGGAAAUGUGUUGCACUUCUGAGAGGAAUAAGAAAUGGAUUGAGCAACUUGAGGAAAUACCCAGACUUCUUAUUCCAGGGCUGGCCUUUCUUACAAGAAGUGAACAAAAAGAGGGAGUGAAGAGGAAACUUAUUGAAUGGAUCUUGUAUUCCUUGGAUGUUGAGAUGGCUCAGAAACUUCCUAUAGCUGCUAACAUUCGAUUGCUAAAAGCAGGACUGAAGCUUGUUGGUGCAAUGUGCUCCUGUGGAUCAGAAGUUUCUUCUUUUCUGAUAGAAGCUGGGGUUCAGGAGUCUCUUGGUAAACUUCUAACAACAGAACACAUGUCCUCUUCAAUGAAAUUGUUGACUCUGCAAGCCAUUGACAACACUACAGAUUCCUACAUUGGAAUGGAACAUUUCCUUGGAUGGGAUGAAGAUGCCAACUUGAAGGUCAAGGAGAGUGAAGAAAACACUGUCAAGGAAGAAUCCAAAAGUUACCAGCAACUUGUUGAUUUUCUUCUUGCUGAUCAGACUGUACGUGUGGUAGAAUCUGCUUCAGCCCUUGCUCGCAAAGUCCAUUUGUAUGAAUUGCUUGCACUUUUGCAGAAAACUGUAGACAAAAUUAUUGAAACAACUCCCAGUCCAAGGCAGACAGAUCCUGAAACAGACUCAGUUGGUGAGGUAACUGAAACCAAGCAUGCAGCUGAUGUGAUGUCCCCUGAUCCUGACAUUGCCAUGGAUACAUCAGGGUUAGCCUCAGGUGAACGAGAACAACCCCUUAACACAGAGAUGAUAGAGAUCCUUGCAAGCACCUUGGAAGAGAUCUGUAUCUACCUUAAACAGGCUCAGCAGUUGAUAGUUCAGGCUCCUGUGAAAGCAUUUCCUACCUCAGCAAAGAUCACAGGAUUUGAUAAAUCUCCUAAAGAUCCUUACCCAGUCUUGUUUCACUUCUUCAAGGCCCGUCGCCUUCUGGAGUCCAUUCUGGUUGUGAUGUCCUCAACAGCUGGUUGUCAUCCUGCAGUGUUUGGGCCAAUUAGAGAUUUCUUCUUUACAUUGUUACAGUCACAGCAAGGUUUGUUGUUCCUUUCCUCUCAUCCUGACACUAUAAAUGGUCUUAUCCGUGUCCUCACUCAAACAACGGAGGCUGAUAUUCACCACAGUGAUGCAGCGCCACUGAAUGAAAUCCUCAGAGAUACAACUGCAGCCGACUCUUGCACUCCCCAGCAUCUGGGACUUUUGCUGAUUUAUCAUUUGCAGACUCUCCAAGCUGUGGAUCAACUGCUUACAUCCCUCACUCCAGAUUUGCUGCCAAAUGACAUGGACGGAGCUGAUCUGCUUUCUACUUUACACACUCUCUACUCCAUGACCUUUACAGCCAUUGGUAAAGCUGCAGUAGUGUCUGUUCUCAGCUUGGAAACAAAUCUUAGUGCUCUACUUCCGUUUGUGGAAUCUACCGGAGAUGCAAAAGACGAUGCUAAGUUGAAGAAAUGUGUGUCAACGAGAUACGCCACGGUGUUGAUUCUUUUAACUGUAAAAUUGUCUGAGAAUGUGGAAAUGUUAUCCAAGCUUGCUCCGAGACUCACGGCUGUCACAGAAAGAGUGGAUGCGGACUCUUCAAUUACCGAACUGGGCCAUUGGCUGGUUGCUUUGAAAGAUAUCAAGUUUGAUAUGUCAGGCAUCGGCAAAUUAGUAGAAUUUGUGAAAAGUCAUCUGGAUGAGAUGAAUGUCACACCCAGUGUAGCAAGUGGAGUACUGAUGGCUGUCCGAGUCCUAAGGUACCUUGCCUGUCCUGUGGAGAAGUCAAACACAACUGAAGUGAUUCAGAAAGAUCUCAACCACAACUUGGCCUGCAUUGAGCUGUUCUCUGCAAAUGCCAUGGACGUGUUUAUCAACGUGUUUCAAAAACUAGGAGACUUCCUUCUCCGCCCCUGGAGGCAGGGGCAACCCCUACACACUGGACCUCCCCUAGUAAUGGUUUCUAUGGUAACGCCUCUUCUUGCACUGGUGAAGACCCUUCUAAUAGAGCUGCUGAACAGUGGUAAAUACCAGUUUAAAGAUAGAAGACUUAUGAAGGCAAUGAUGGUACUUCAUACUGUGAUGUGCACAGCUCCAAUGACAGGACAACUUAGUAGUCUUGCUCACAAGGUCCAAAGUGAAAUUGUUGAUGUAUUCAUGACAUUUACGAGGCCAGUCGUACAAUCAUCUGACCAUGAAGAAGCAAUAAAUGAAAGCAUUUGGUCGCUUAUGUUAAAAGAACUUCUUGAAUACACAACAUCUGCUCCCCAAGCUUUCCUAGGAGGACUUGUUUUGCUGUCAGAACUGUUACCAAUACCUUUACCAAUUCGCUCGCUGGAGGAAAUGCCUCAGGAAGAAGCGAAUCUGGUGAUGAAUCAUCGCCGGCUGUGGAGUGCGCACCUCAAUCCACUCAGCACAGAGCUGCAAGGAAUACUCAAGGAUCUGGCCGGAUCAGCAUGUCACAAUCUUCAGCAAGUACUGAGAAGAGUUUGUUCACAGCUGUCAGACCUCUCUGCACCCACAGCCUUCAAUAUCGUCAGAACACUUCUGGAGACACUGGACAGCGAGAUGAGCAAAGCAAGUGGAGACGACAAUAGUUGUUCCCCGGGAGGUGUGCGUAUUAUGACAUUGUUAGCUUACCUUUCAUCACAGCCAGCUGUCAAAGUGUCGCUGCUUCAACUUUUGAAAACCAGUGGCAAUGCCAAGAACGAUGACCUGUUGUUCCCCAGUCUUUUGCCGUCCAUGUUGUCUUGUUUGAAAGGGUCGUCUGAAAAUCAAACGGUGUCUAGAUCACAGUACUGUGUCGUGUCGAUUGUCCAGUCCUUGUGUGACCCCACGGUUAGCCUGAUGCCUUUCGAAACUCCUUUUACCGACCAACAUCUGGCUAAUACUUUGCCGGACAAGGAGAUGCUGGAAGUGAUUUGUGCUGCGUUACUGGAGCACAUGGGAUCCGAGCAGCAGUCAUUUGCUACAAUUUUGCUCGCUCUGAGGACCCUGCUGACUCUUACCGAACAUAACUAUGGUGUCUACCACCAGAAAAGAGCUCUGGAGAACAAUAGUGAAGUGUUUUAUCGCCUUCUGAAAAGGCUGUCGUCGUCUUUUGAGAAUAGCAUUCCAGGCCCGGAUCACCUGUCCACGCUGUCGACGACCAUUGAGCUGCUGCAGCUGUUACUACCGGAGGAUACAGCCGGUAUAAUUCAGGAACAGGAAGACGAUGCCAUGGAGGGCGAACCAUUGAAGCUAACCACUGAGAUCAGCAUCAGCGCGGCUCAGAUGAGAAGCUUCCUUAAAUUUGACAGCGCUGCGGAGGACGGCCCGCUGAGAACAUUGGAAAAACGACUCGAGGAAAGCUGCAAAGAAGACGAGGCUCUGGAGCCAUUAUUAGAUGCAGUUCGUGUUUUGACAGUUAUGCUGCGUAAAACAGAAGGCGAGACUGAAAAAGAAGCAGAGGAGGUCACUGAACCACAGCUCCCAAGUCCACUUCCGCUUCAGACGCUGUUUGUCAACAGAUUGGCCUUCGUUUCCGGUGAAGUUGAGGAUGGUGGGGUCAGUCCAACGCUCUGGUACUCUACCCCUCUCCCAGACGAUAUCGAUCCUGAAGUUGACUUGAUAAAAAUCGGUGUUGAUUCUCUGACAGAGAAGUUCUCUCCGGACUUUGAUCUCAAGGCCGAGUUAGAAAAAGGACUGGUUCCUUCUCCCCCAGGCUCCCCGACGCGCAAGAAAGCUCACAGAAACAAGAGAAAGUACGAUCCCUUGAUAUCUGGUCAGCGAAAGGAUAAUAAGAAAGCCAGGACAGCUCCUUCAGCGCCAAUGAGAGGCGGUGGUCGAGGCACGAGGGGUAUGCCACGGGGUCGAGGCAACCCUCGCAUGAAUGACUUGUUCCGAUCACGCAAGCAAAAUACGAGCCGUCCACCCUCCAUGCACGUGGAUGACUUCAUGGCAAUGGAAAAUGCUAAGACCCAGGACUCGCCGCCUCCGAUGCGAAGGACUGGUCCCAAGGGUCCUCCACCAGGUAGAUCGAUGGACCAUGGCCCAGGCAACUUCAUGGGAAAUCAGGGCCGUUGGACGGCUAUGCCGGGGGGACCACUUCGAAAAGGUCCUGGCAUGGUUACUCAAGGAGGAAUGCGCGGGGCAGGACCUGACUGGGGAAACCCACGACAGCAUCCUAUCGCCUUUCCGGGACAAAGGAAUUUCCAGAGAGGACCGGAUUGGGGAUCGCAAACUCCUCAGCCGUAUAGAGGUGGUGGAGGAGGAAUGAGAAAUAACUAUAAUCGACCACAGAUGCGAGGUUACUGGGAUGCGCCCAAGUCUAAAGAUGACUCGCGGUUCAUGCCCCCGCCAAAUGUUGGUGGUUAUCGGCCUGGGGCUGGGCGAGGUUAUCCAGGCAGACAUAUGAGAUCAUUUACACGAUGAAUUCAGUCUCCAGAAAGAACGAUCCACGCACAUACUUAAAUUUAACUUUUAUUUUGCUGAUAUUUCAGUUGAUGUUAAAGUUAAGCUUAUCGUAGAGAUUGUGGCAUUACAAAACCAUUUAAGUUAGAUUAAAUAGACCUAGGAAACCAUUAGAUUUGUUUGUACCAUCAAAAUUCGUUUCAAUUUUACAUUAAAUUUUCGAAACUUGAUACCAGUGUCCAUAUUUAUCUUGGCUGGGGAGUUUUAAGCGAAGUCGUUUCAGGAGGCUGUGCCAUACUUUUAAGUAGUAUUUAAGAUCAUAUCUUUCUCUCCUUUUUGCGAUAAAUGUGUAACUUUCGAACUACACAAAAGCCUUGGACAUCUGUAGCUCCUCUUUGCUAGUUUCACAAGAACCGCUUGUGCUGGUAAAAAUACUCGGGACAAAGGCAUUUAGGACACGUUGCAGGAUCUAAUAUUAACGUUGUUUCAGAGUAAAAAUUCAAGUGUGUGCAU